GAAAGUGUGAGAGAGAGUUUGAAAAAACAGAGCCACAUAUAUUGUUUCCCAUUUCCCAUAGCUUCUUCUUCUCCAGUGUAUUUGCUACUUCCAGAAUCAUCAAAGAAAUGGGUCAAGAGAACAAGGGGGAGGAAAAGAAAGGAGAAGAGAAAAAAGAAGAGAAGAAGGAAGAAGAGUCUCCAGAGAUUGUCCUUAAGGUCGAUAUGCAUUGUGAAGCUUGUGCUAGACGAGUUGCUAGAGCCCUCAAAGGAUUUGAAGGAGUAGAGGAAGUAGCCACAGAUAGCAAGACCAGUAAGGUGGUGGUAAAAGGAAAGGCAGCAGACCCCAUGAAGGUGUGUGAAAGGUUACAGAAGAAGAGUGGCAGAAAAUUAGUUGAGCUGAUAUCACCAUUGCCAAAACCACCAGAUGAGAAGAAGGAAGAAAACAAAGAACAGAAAGAAGAGAAAAAGGAAGAGCCUCCUGCUGUUGUAACGGUAGUGUUGAAGGUUUGGAUGCAUUGUGAAGCUUGUGCACAAGUUCUAAAAAAGCGAAUUCGAAAGAUUCAAGGUGUAGAAUCUGUGGAAACAAACCUGGCUAAUGAUCAAGUAACAGUGAAAGGCAUCAUAGAGCCUGCAAAGCUGGUAGAUUAUGUCUACAAAAGAACCAGAAAGCAAGCAUCCAUUGUCAAGGAUGAAGCAAAGAAGCAAGAUGAGAACAAAGAUGAUAACAAGAAAGAGAAAGCAGAGAAGAAAGAUGGCGAAGAAGGCAAGGGCAAAGAUGAUGCCACAGCUGAUAUGAUCAAACGGAGUGAAUAUUGGCCAGCAAAGUUCUAUUCUGAGUUUUAUGCAUAUCCUCCUCAAAUUUUCAGUGAUGAGAAUCCACAUGCUUGCUCUGUCAUGUAACCAGCAUUAAACUGUAGUAGUGUAUUCUAGUCAGCUGCAAUUUUCCUUGUAGUGAUGAAGGAGAAUAAUUAAGAUCCUGUCAAGAAGAAAGUUGAGUGUUUGCAUGGCAUCCCUAAUAUCCUAUUUAAUCACAGCUCGUGUUUCUUGUGACUAGUGAGCUUGAGUACUUAAGACAUAUCAAUACAUGCAUGUUGAAUUGACCUCAUCUAUAGUUUUUCAUCCUUUGUUACAGGAUUAAGAGAUGUGAAUG